AUGGCUCGCUCAAUAACCACACUCGCAUUCAUCCUCCUCCUCGCCAUCCUCUCAACCCUCACACACGCCCUCCCAACCCCACAACGCCCCGCUCCACCCUCAAAUCCCUUCCGCUUCGAGGUCUCCUCCCCCCAGACAGACACCCUCUGGCUGGUCGACUCUCUCCCAACCGUCCACUGGGACACUGUUCACAUGCCUGAGGGCUCAACCAUGGAUAUCGCCCUCCUUCACCACGAAAAGAAAGAGUCCAUCCUCCUCCGUCGCUAUGUCCCCACUCGCCUCGGCUCGACCCAGGUCAAUCUGCGCCCCGAGAUUGUCCCUGGAACUUACUCGCUCCUCUUGACCGUCUUCCAGGGUCGUACUUCGAUCGUCAUCGGACGCUCGCUUGUUCAGAGCAUUAUCCUUGUUGAGGAGGAGAGUUCUGAUGCCGAGGCCCAGAUGGCUCUCUCUUCCAUUGUUAACGAGCAGCAGCCUCAAGAUCAGGACGAGGUUGUUCAGGAGCAGCAGCCACAGACGGUUCGCAAGCCCGAGACCAGCGACCUCAUCUUCAAGCGCAAGAACCAGCACGCUAUCCUCGAGACCGAAUCCGUCGAAUUGACCCACCAGCCCCUCCGUGGCACCUUGGUCCUCCGCGCUCCCUACACCGUCGGAUGGUCAAUCCCCAAGGCCCUCGAGACUGCCCGUCGUGCCCGUGUUAACAUCCUCUUGGUCUCCAUGAAGACCCAGGAGGUCGUACGUGUCCUUGCUGCCAAUGUCGACGCCAAGGCCGGCUUCAUGUAUGUCUGUUUGCCUGAGGACACUCCUCUGGGCAACUACCAGAUCAAAGUCGAGAUCAUUGGCAAGGGCCGCAAGUUCUCUGGAUACACCAACCCGUUCCACACCAGCUUGCCUGCCUUCUCUUCCCGCGCAUAA